UAGUGGCAUUUUCAGCGUUUUCUGAUCAAGGCCCUUCAUUUUCUUCCCUUUCCAUGUGUGCGUGACUGCCAAACGGAGGGAGAGUGGUGGCCUGGGCCUGCGUUUUUCUUACCGUACCAAUAGCGUCUUCCGUGUUUUGCUCUUCUUCUGCACUACUUGCUACACCGGGCCUUUGCGGAUUUCCGGAUACCUAGAGGAAACGGUUGUUUCUGUCUGCUGUGCUCAUCAUGGUAAGAAAAAGGAGAACUGAAGUGCCUAGUGGAGGUGAAAGCUCUGAGGCGCAGCAGAGUGGGGAAACUAGUCGAGGACCUCAACAACAUGUUGAAAGAAGUGCUCCAUCCCCACAGCAGGCCACAGGAGGGGGAGGAUCCCAAGGAGGUAGAGGUUGGGGUCCUCAAGGAGGACGGGGAGGUUAUAGUGGGGGCCGGGGUCGUGGAAUGCCCCAACAGCAGUACGGUGCUCCCCCUGAAUAUCAAGGCAGGGGGAGGGGAGGGCACUCUCAGCAAUUAGGUCGUGGACGUGGUGGUGGGGGCAGUGGCCGUGGCAGUGGACCUUCUUAUGGUGGCCCAUCUGGACCUCAAGCUCCCGAGCUGCACCAAGCUACCCCUGUUCCACAUCAUGCUGGGGUGACUCCUCAAAUUGCAACGUCUGAGGCCAGUUCCUCUUCCCGACAGUUUGAUCCCUCACAAGUGGAACAACAAAUGGGGCAGAUGACAAUUCAUUCAGAAUCUGUUUCUCCUGCCCCGCCCUCAAGCAAAUCAGUGCGGUUCCCUCUUAGGCCUGGAAAGGGUAGCUAUGGCACCAGGUGUAUGGUUAAGGCUAACCACUUCUUUGCAGAGUUACCCAAUAAAGAUUUGCACCAGUAUGAUGUCACUAUCACUCCAGAAGUGACAUCAAGGGUUGUCAAUCGUGCUGUUAUGGAGCAGCUGGUGAAGCUAUAUCGAGAGUCUCAUUUGGGUAAGAGACUUCCUGUAUAUGAUGGGCGCAAGAGCCUUUACACUGCGGGUCCUCUUCCUUUCAUUUCAAAGGAGUUCAGAAUCACUCUCCUUGACGAAGAUGAUGGAUCAGGAGGGCCAAGAAGAGAGAGGGAAUUCAAAGUUGUGAUAAAACUGGCUGCCCGGGCAGAUCUACAUCAUCUAGGACUCUUCCUGCAGGGAAGGCAGACUGAUGCUCCUCAAGAAGCUCUUCAGGUUCUUGACAUUGUGCUGCGUGAACUACCUACCACUAGGUAUUGUCCUGUGGCGAGGUCAUUUUAUUCACCAAAUCUGGGUAGGAGGCAACCAUUAGGCGAGGGAUUAGAAAGUUGGCGUGGUUUCUAUCAAAGUAUUCGUCCUACUCAGAUGGGAUUAUCUCUCAACAUCGAUAUGUCCUCGACUGCAUUUAUUGAACCAUUGCCGGUAAUAGAUUUUGUUACUCAGUUGCUCAAUCGGGAUGUCUCCUCCCGCCCAUUGUCUGAUGCUGAUCGUGUGAAGAUAAAGAAAGCACUUCGAGGUGUCAGAGUUGAAGUAACUCACCGUGGAAAUAUGAGAAGAAAAUAUCGCAUCUCUGGUCUGACUUCACAGGCAACGCGAGAGCUUACGUUUCCCGUUGAUGCAAGUGGAACAAUGAAGUCUGUUGUUGAUUAUUUUUCUGAAACAUAUGGAUUUGUCAUUCAACAUACCCAAUGGCCUUGCUUGCAAGUGGGCAAUGCGCAGAGACCAAACUAUCUGCCAAUGGAGGUUUGUAAGAUUGUAGAAGGUCAAAGGUACUCGAAGAGGUUGAAUGAAAAGCAGAUUACUGCUUUGCUCAAAGUCACAUGCCAGCGCCCGGUUGAAAGGGAGCGUGAUAUUAUGCAGACGGUUCAUCAUAAUGCUUACCGUGAUGAUCCUUAUGCCAAAGAGUUUGGGAUUAAAAUCAGUGAAAAGCUAGCUCAAGUUGAAGCUCGCAUCCUUCCUGCACCUUGGCUUAAAUACCAUGAUACAGGUAGAGAAAAGGAUUGUCUACCUCAAGUUGGCCAAUGGAAUAUGAUGAAUAAGAAAAUGGUCAAUGGGGGGACAGUCAACCACUGGAUCUGCAUCAACUUUUCCAGAAAUGUUCAAGACAGUGUUGCGAGUGGGUUUUGUUAUGAGCUUGCUCAAAUGUGUUGUAUAUCUGGCAUGGCAUUCAACUCUGAGCCAGUACUUCCCCCAUGUAGUGCCCGGCCUGACUUGGUGGAUAGGGUUCUGAAAACUCGGUAUCAUGAUGCAAAAGCCAGACUGAGGGGGAAGGAGCUUGAUCUUCUGAUUGUUAUUUUGCCCGAUAAUAACGGCUCUCUUUAUGGUGACCUGAAACGAAUAAGUGAGACAGAUCUUGGGGUUGUUUCUCAGUGCUGUUUGACUAAGCAUGUCUAUAAAAUGAGUAAGCAGUAUCUUGCAAAUGUUGCCUUGAAAAUCAAUGUAAAAGUAGGUGGAAGGAACACAGUGCUAGUUGAUGCACUUUCACGGCGUAUCCCUCUAGUCAGUGACCGACCAACAAUUAUUUUUGGUGCUGAUGUUACUCAUCCACAUCCUGGAGAGGAUUCAAGUCCAUCCAUUGCAGCUGUUGUGGCCUCUCAAGAUUGGCCUGAAAUCACGAAGUAUGCUGGUUUGGUGUGUGCUCAAGCUCAUCGACAGGAGCUCAUUCAAGACCUCUUCAAACAAUGGCAAGAUCCAGUAAGGGGAACAGUAACUGGUGGAAUGAUCAAGGAGCUUCUUAUAUCUUUCCGGAGGGCCACUGGGCAGAAGCCACAGCGCAUUAUAUUUUAUAGGGAUGGUGUGAGUGAGGGGCAGUUCUAUCAGGUUCUACUGUUUGAGCUUGAUGCUAUCCGCAAGGCAUGUGCGUCCCUGGAACCUAACUAUCAGCCUCCUGUCACAUUUGUGGUGGUUCAGAAGCGCCAUCAUACGAGGCUGUUUGCCAGCAACCAUCAUGACAGGAGUUUUGUUGACCGCAGUGGGAACAUAUUGCCUGGCACUGUUGUAGACUCUAAGAUUUGUCAUCCUACCGAGUUUGACUUCUAUCUUUGUAGCCAUGCUGGGAUCCAGGGAACAAGCCGGCCAGCUCAUUACCAUGUGCUAUGGGAUGAGAACAAUUUUACAGCUGAUGCACUGCAAUCAUUGACAAACAACCUUUGUUACACUUAUGCUAGAUGCACUCGUUCUGUUUCAAUUGUGCCGCCUGCGUAUUAUGCUCAUUUGGCUGCCUUCCGAGCUCGAUUUUAUAUGGAACCAGAGACGUCGGAGAGUGGGUCCAUGACCAGUGGUGCUGCUGCUGCACGUGGAGUUGGACCAGUGCGGGGCACUCGACUGCCUGGUGUUGCUGCUACCGUUCGGCCUCUUCCCGCUCUGAAGGAGAAUGUGAAGAGGGUUAUGUUCUAUUGUUAACCACCUGGAAGCGGCUUUGAUACAUUAUGUGUUGUCUUGAUCAUAUUUGGCAAAAUUAUUAAACAUCACCUCGUAUUGUUUUCACGAUUGAACUAUGUUGUUAUUGUAUUUCGAUGAACUGAGAAUUGACUGGCUUGUAUUCUAUUUAUUUUGGCUAGAGUCUGAGCUUAACGAGUUUGUGUGCUUCUAUAGCAGAUUGACAGAUAUCUCCGCAUGCAUUUAUAGCCAUUCCUUAAAAUCA